CUUGCUGGGCUGUGUCUGGAAGGAGCCAGAGUCUGCUCUCAUUUCUUACCCAGAAGAGCCCCAGCUCUGGGCACGGUGGUGACAGCUGGAAUUUCUGAAGUACAUGUUACCAUGGCGAUGACUGCAGGGACUACAACAUCCUUUCCCAUGAGUAACCACACCCGGGAGAGAGUGACGGUGGCCAAACUCACGCUGGAGAACUUCUACAGCAACCUCAUCAUCCAGCACGAGGAGAGGGAAACCAGGCAGAAGAAGCUGGAGGUGGCUAUGGAGGAGGAAGGACUUGCAGAUGAGGAGAAAAAGCUGCGCAGGUCACAGCACGCUCGCAAGGAAACGGAAUUCCUGCGGCUCAAGAGGACCAGGCUCGGCUUGGAUGACUUCGAGUCCUUGAAAGUCAUAGGAAGAGGAGCAUUUGGGGAGGUCCGCCUCGUUCAGAAGAAGGAUACAGGUCACAUUUAUGCAAUGAAGAUACUGAGAAAAGCAGAUAUGCUGGAGAAAGAGCAGGUGGCCCAUAUCAGAGCAGAAAGAGAUAUUUUGGUUGAAGCGGAUGGAGCCUGGGUAGUGAAAAUGUUUUACAGCUUCCAGGAUAAAAGGAACCUUUACCUGAUCAUGGAGUUUUUACCUGGAGGUGACAUGAUGACCUUACUAAUGAAGAAGGACACUUUAUCAGAGGAGGAGACCCAGUUUUACAUUUCUGAGACGGUGUUGGCCAUCGAUGCCAUUCACCAGCUGGGAUUUAUCCACAGGGACAUCAAGCCAGACAAUCUCCUGCUGGAUGCCAAGGGUCAUGUAAAGCUGUCUGAUUUUGGGCUCUGCACAGGUUUAAAGAAAGCUCACAGAACAGAGUUCUACAGGAACCUCACACACAACCCACCAAGUGACUUCUCAUUUCAGAAUAUGAACUCAAAGAGGAAAGCAGAAACAUGGAAGAAGAACAGGCGACAGCUGGCAUAUUCUACUGUGGGAACCCCCGACUAUAUUGCUCCAGAAGUGUUUAUGCAGACUGGGUACAACAAGCUGUGUGACUGGUGGUCCCUGGGAGUGAUUAUGUAUGAAAUGCUAAUAGGGUAUCCACCUUUCUGCUCAGAAACACCACAAGAGACUUACAGGAAAGUUAUGAACUGGAAAGAAACGUUGGUGUUUCCUCCAGAGGUACCCAUUUCAGAGAAAGCAAAGGAUUUAAUUCUGAGGUUUUGUAUCGACUCAGAAAACAGAAUUGGUAGCAAUGGAGUAGAGGAAAUAAAAAGUCAUCCAUUUUUUGAAGGAGUAGACUGGGGACAUAUCAGGGAAAGACCAGCUGCAAUCCCUAUAGAAAUCAAAAGUAUUGAUGAUACUUCCAACUUUGAUGAAUUUCCUGAAUCGGACAUUUUACAGCCAGUGCCAAACACGACAGAACCUGACUACAAAUCCAAAGACUGGGUUUUCCUCAAUUACACCUACAAGAGGUUUGAAGGGCUCACCCAGCGUGGCUCCAUCCCUUCCUACAUGAAAGCUGGGAAGUUGUGAAGCAGAACACAACCCCCCAAAGGAAACUGCAAACACAAACCUCAGGUAGCUGCAUCACCAGGCCCGCUUGGCGUUAGUUAUCAACACAUCGACUCUGGUGCGCAUCGAUUUCACACGGAAAUUCUACAGGAUUAGGAUUUCUAAGACUACUACAGGAAUUAGUUGGCAGUGCCA